AUGCAGCAGCCGCACCAGCCGCCCGCCAAGCAGAUGCCGCUGCCGCUGCAGCACCACCCCAGGGACGCCGCCGUCGUCCUCGCCAACCACGCCACCAACAACGCCGUCGUCAAGGGCAACGGUAUCGGCGGCGGCGCGCUCAGCCUGAGCGAGAGCAGCUGUAGCGGCAGUCCGGGCAGCCCGGGAGAGGCGUCUCUGAGCGCGUCCAUGGCGGCCGCGACGUUGGAGCUGUCGCAGCCGGUGGCGGUGUCUGCGGCGGGCGCCGUCGCCGUGGCCGAGGCACCGGUGGCGACGCCGACGCCGCGGUCGCAGCCCCAGCCGCCUCCGCCACCCCCGACACCCUCGCCGGCGUCGCCCGUCCAGCAGCAACCUGCCGCCGACAACACCGUCUUCGUCAACUCGUGGCACCCGCACGUGUACGGCAAGCCGCCGAGGACGCCGACGCCGCACCUCAUAUCGGACAUCCUGGGCUGGGGGCGGAGACCGUCGCCGCCGCAGCAGCCGCCGCCGCCGCUGCCGCCCCCGCCGCUCCCGCACCAGCAGCAGCAGCAGGCGGCUACCCAGCUGGCACCGCCGCCACCGGCCCCCACGCACAGGCCGACUCUAGUGGCCCCGACGCCCAUCCGCGCCACGCCAUCCCCGUGCGUGACCGCCAUGCACAACCUGACCCUGCUGCAGCCGCCCCCGCAGCAGCCGUCGCCGGCGCUCUGCAACCCCCUGGCGCCCGUCGCCGCUUCCGCCGACGAGGAGCUCAGCAACGAACCGCUCAACCUGACGACCAAAAGCCGCGACGCGUCGCCCACCUCUUCCGUGGGCUCCAUCCGCACGCUGACGCCGCCCGUGGUGCCGUCGCCCGCCCCGGGGAAGCUCCUCCUGCCCAACCACCGGCUACCGCCUUUCCGCGAGCCUCCGGUCAACGGCGUGGAGGCGGUCGUCACCAUCCCCACGGUCCGCGGACCCCCCGGCGCCGCCGUCAACGGGAGACCCGGUGCCGACGUCGGCGUCGUGACGCCUUCCGCCCCCAAGGGAUCUGCGCACCGUGCCGCCCCCAAAGACGGUUCUGCGCCGACGAAGUCGACUGGAGCGAAACGGAAGAAGGAGGCGAACCCCAGCGGCGGCGCGGCGGGCGGCGCGGCGACGGGGGCGAUCUUCGAGCUAGAGCGCCAGUUCGAGCAGAAGAAAUACCUCUCCUCCUCCGAGCGCGCCGAGAUGGCCAAGCUGCUCAACGUCACCGAGACACAGCUUCAGUUGGCCACCUCUCUCACAAGGGGCCCAAUAAUUCGCUCCACGGCUAUAACCCCUCUGGUGACCGACUUUGUUACAGUUGUGCAGAGUGACACCUGGGAGGAAAUGGAAAGUGUGGAGAUUACUCCAGAGCCCACGACACGCAGCCGGCAGCGAGAAGCCCUUGGAAGGAGGCGGGCGCGCCGGAUGUGCAGAAGGCAAGGCAAGGCAAGGCGAGGCGAGCCCGCCCCGGCGCAGCGGUCGCGUGACGGGCCAGCCACAUGGCGUGCUUCCUGGACGCCGCACUUGUUUGGCUCAAUUACCCUCAUCAUGCAGCGCGGCCCUUACGUAAACAAAGACGGCGGCGGCGGGCUGGGUGACAUCCACUGCGCGGGGCUUGACGGGAGUCAGAUUACAGCGCUCAAUCUGAGCAUUUUUAAGAUCUAUUUUCAGACCGCCGCUUUACGUGAGCGGGUGACAACCGGCUGGGCGGUGUCGCGCAUCGGGCAUGCAAAAACUACCUGCCUCGCUAAAGAGCAGCCACGUUGUGACUACAGCCGCACGAUGUUGGGCCGCUCCCUGGCAGAAGGUGCCUCGUUACCAGUCGUAUUCCUGGGAGCUGCACGGCGCCUGUUGCAAAGGCUCUACUGA